CAGGGAUUCCCACCUUCUCCUUUCUCUGCGGCAUGGAAAAGAACAACAUACCCAUUUCACGCAAUGUUUUUUGUCUCAUUCACUACCCCGUAUGGUGGCCACCGUAACCCCGCACAGUAGGUGGCGGCAAUACACCAAUAGGUUUUAGUUGUCUGCCAUUAAACCUUUAAAGAAGAAGAAAGAACAACAAACGAGCUAGCUACCAACCAUUCUGUGAAAAUGUCUAAUAUAGAGUUAUUGAGAUUGAUUUUCAACGAGCGAUUUAGAGCGGGUCCAGAGCUAUUCAGAGCUGUUAAAAAUACGAUAACAGAGUACCAGGAAAAUGUUUCCCCAUCGAAAGAGGAGAACGACUGUGUAAAGAGGCUGCUUGAUAUCAUCCUUCUACCAGAGAUACAGUUACAUAGAGCAGACCUCCAGAAAACCACACUCUCUAAAGAGGAGGUUCCCCCUGAGCAGCAGCAUGGUGAGCAGGCAUGGAGCCUCAGUCUGGGGCAGGAGGACUCGAAGCCCACACAGAUUAAAGAGGAACAGGAGGACCUCCAGACCAGCCAGGGAAAAGAGCCACUUCAAGAGCUGAAGUAUGAUACUAAAUACUCUGUAUUCAUUCCUUCCAGUGUGAAAAGUGAGUCUGACGAGUACCCAACUCAGUCCUCACAUCUGAGCAUAACCCUAAGUAAAGAAUGCAAAGACAGAGACCCCUCCACUGAACAGAUCAAAACAUAACCUGGGGAAGAGGACUCAUCAGAACUAGCCAGUGACUAUAAGCCCAUCUCUGCAGUAAAUCCAGCCUGUUCUGCAGCUCAGGGUGAAAACAUGAGCAGGGACUGGAAGGAGAGUGAAGGACCUCUGUCAGCUUUGAAGACCCGGAAAUCAAAGAGGAUGCAGACAGAAAAAGGACAAAGCUCCCUUAUCAGUUCUAAGGGCAGGAAAUCCGUGUUGUCCCAUCUGAAAUCACCUAUCAAAUCCAAAUCUAAACAUAUGACCCGUAUGAGGAGCCACACAGAAGAGAAACCGCAUCGCUGUCAUGAUUGUGGAAAAUGUUUUGCUCGACGUGGAGUUCUGAAAAGGCAUAUGAGGAUCCACACAGGGGAGAAACCAUAUCAUUGUCAUCAUUGUAACCUACGUUUCACUAACAUUGGAAAUCUGAAAUCUCAUGAGGAGCCACACAGGGGAGAAGCCAUAUUGCUGCCAUGAUUGUGGCAAAGCGUUCACUCGAAGUGAUUGCAUGACACGUCAUAUGAGGAGACACACAGGGGAGAAGCCAUAUUGCUGCCAUGAUUGUGGCAAAGCAUUCACUAGGCGUACACACAUGACACAGCAUAUGAGGAGCCACACAGGGGAGAAGCCGUAUUGCUGCCAUGAUUGUGGCAAAGCAUUCACUAGGCGUACACACAUGACACAGCAUAUGAGGAGCCACACAGGGGAGAAGCCGUAUUGCUGCCAUGAUUGUGGCAAAGCAUUCACUAGGCGUACACACAUGACACAGCAUAUGAGGAGCCACACAGGGGAGAAACCUCAUUGCUGUCCUCAUUGUGGGAAAUGUUUUUCUCAAAAGGGAAAUCUUAAAUCUCAUAUGAAGAGCCACACGGGAGACAAACCAUAUCCUUGUCAUCUUUGUAACAAACAUUUUACCGAAAGAAGUAAUCUGAAAGUGCAUAUGAGGAUUCAUACUGGUGAUAAACCGUUUCGCUGCCAGGAUUGUGACAAAUGUUUCACUCAGCAAUCCAAUCUGAAUAAGCAUAUAAUUAAAUUGCAUAUGAGGAGUCACAGAGGGGGAGAAAUGACAUUACUGCCAUAGUAGUGGCAAAUCUUUCACCACUGGUUUCCAACUCUCUCAGGGUUUAUGUGUCCUGUCUUUAGAAAAUACUUAGUGAUGCAAGUGCAUUAAAUAGUCAGAGAAUACACACUGAGGAGAAAAUAUGUAAGUGCAGUGAUUGGGAUUGAUGCUUCAAAACAAAUAAAACCCUGAGAGGACACAUAGAGAGAAUACACAAAACAUGACCGUACCCUGUGUGGGCAUCAGACUGAAGAUUGAGAGGUACAUGUUUCAAUUUUCUCAAGUGUAGACACGGUUCUUGGGUGGUUUGACUGAAUUAAUGAUUUAGCUGAGAAUGUUGCAUGAAGCCUACAUAGUUGUCUAACAGAGAGAUAUCUGGGGUCCCUGCUCAUUAGUUUGACACACAGGACAUUUGACUGCAGUCCUCUGUAGAUGCUACUUGAACUCAUCAACUCACUGCAUUAUUUUACGUCUGUCCUACUGACCUUGGGAAACUGGUGGGAAUUAAAAAUCACCACCACUACAUUCGGACGUUGGAUUUUGACUCCAGCAUACAUUUUUUAUAUAAGAUGUUAGCUUUGACUUGGAUUCACUUGGCAUGUCAAAAUUAUGACUCAUAAAACGUGAAAAAUUAAGGCAUAACCUCAAAAUGGUUAGAAGAGAGGUUAGAAUUGGGAGAUGAGAAAUAAAGUUGAAACUUAAAAACCUGAGAUUAUUUUCUUUCUCUUAUCUUCUA